AUGUCUCGAGAUGGGUCCCAAUGCGCUUCUGUUGAGUGGAGGCUCUCCUGGACGCCUCUCCCUAUGAGGAACGAUAUCUUCUAUCUUCGAGAAUCGGUUCCGACGGGAGGCAAGACCGGAAUGGGCGCUUCGGCUUCCGAGGAUCCGAGCGAGGCUCGUUUAGGUUUGGGUGGCAGGAAAUUUGACGAGAUGUCAGUUUCUGAAACAAUCCUCCGAAGGCAGUGGCCGAUUUUCCUGGAAUAUCUCGAUGUCGACGCGAUUUCCCCGAUUCUCAUCUCCAAGUACGUCCUCCCGGUGGACUGGAUGGACAACGGGGAGAAGCCGCUGAGGGCGCGCGAGAAGAGGGAGGCGAUCCUCAGGAUCGUCCGCGCGAAGGGUCGGACAGGGUUCCAAGCCUUCAGGAAGGCCCUGGCGCAAGUCGGACAGUCGCAUCUCGUGUCGUCGCGCGCCUUGGACGCGUUGCCGAGCCAAAAGGCGUGCCUUCCCCUUGCGGAUGAUGAUGCUGGCGUGGCAGCCUUCAUGAAAGGAUGCUCGACGACGCUGAAGAGUCCAGGGACCCGGCGAGGCGGCGGCACCUUUGGGCUCUCGCGGCUUUCUUCUUCUUCCUCGUUCUGACCGCUCUUUUUUCCUCGCUUUCCUUUACAUUGCUUAUGUUUUUUCUUGCCGU